AUGCCUUUUCAGCUUCCUUUUCCGCCAUCUUUGCCGUCACAGUGCAGGCGAACUCACCUGGAGAAGACUCACAAUGCCUGGAAGACUGUGGAGUAAGGCCAUCUUCACUGGCUACAAACGUGGUCUGAGGAACCAGCGCGAACAUACGGCUCUGCUGAAAAUCGAGGGAUGUUACACCAGAGACGAGAUCGACUUCUACCUCGGCAAACGUUGCGCCUACGUCUACAAGGCCAAGAAGAACACGGUGACCCCCGGCGGUAAACCCAAUAAGACCCGUGUGAUCUGGGGGAAAGUGACCCGCGCCCACGGAAGCAGCGGCAUGGUCCGAGCCAAGUUUAGCAGCAACCUGCCGGCCAAAGCCAUCGGACACAGAGUCAGAGUGAUGCUGUAUCCAUCGCGGGUCUGAGGAGGAGACGCUGCAGAUGUUGAUGUUUGUUUGUACAUAAACAAUAAACAGACGAAGUCCAACCUGC